AUGGAUUUCAUCCCUGAUUCAGAGAUCAAUGCACUGGCGACACACAAGUUUCAAUCCGCUGGCUACACCUGGCUGGAUGAAAAGAUGGACCCAUUCUGGUCUAGCGUCGCGCAGCGAAUUCCGAGGUAUAUUUCACCGAACCUUAUUUCGGUCCUGGGUGGAUUUUGCUGCGCGCUGGCUGCGGUUUUUACAGUUCUGGCGAAUCACAUCCGGUGGAUUCCACUGUAUUUCGUGGGGCCCUUUCUAAUAUUCGUAUACAUGACCUGCGACGCCGUGGACGGGAAGCAUGCGCGGCAGACCAAGCAAAGCACCCCACUUGGGGCCGUGGUCGACCACGGCAUCGACGCAUUCUGUGCGUUUACGACGGGGAUCGCUGUGGUUGUCACUGCCGAUCCGGAGCUGAAGGAUCCCAGGCUAAUGCUGGCCUUUUGCCUCUUUCAUGGCUCCUGGUUCUGCGCACAGUGGGGCGAGCUGGUCCUGGGUUCCUUGGAUCAGCGCGGUAUCACUGAGGGCGAAUUUGCCUCCAUGGCCGUGAUUGCUCUGCCUGGGAUAUUUGGCCCAGAUGCUGCCAAGUCACGUAUUCCUGCUUGGGUCCCUUAUUUUGGAGACCAGCCGAUCCUCGAUCCUGUAAUGAUUGGUGUCAUCCUUGUUUGCGGUGGCGUUUGCUUGUCCUUUGCUUUGCGUAUCUUCCUGAAAGUACAGGGACUGGACCGGCUCAAGGCCACGUUUCCUCUGGUUCACUUGGCUGUGCACACCGGCGCUGCCAUGCAGCUCGCCACUUCUCCACUUCGGCCACAGUUUCCUCUACUAACCUUCACGGUAGUUGGCAUGAAUGCCGCGCUUCUAAUGACGAAGAUGCGCUUCAUGGCCACCUUUCGUGUUCCCUGGCCAGCGCUACACUGGGAGACGCUGCCCUUCCUGGCUGGGAGUGGAGUCGAGGCUCUGGGCAAGAGCAAAAAGCCCCCGGUCGUCGUUGGCGGCCUCCCCGUUGGCGGCAACGCCUUCGUGGACGGCGAGCGUGAGCUCUCGGGCGGCUUCGGCGUUGUCCUUCGCGGCCUCGCGGGCGCCGACCCGGUGGUUUCCCCGGGUGCGGAGCCCUUCGGGCCCUUCCUUGAAAUCACAGGCGUGGCACAAGAGCACGUCAUAACCGAGAUCAACGGGCAAAGCCCUUUGAAGAUAUUGAUGCCAAUCAUGCAUGGCCCGGAAGUACCGAGCCUGGGCCACUCAAUGGCCGGCAUUUUCGUUGAUCCAUCGCCCGAAUACUCACAGGAGGACGGCCCAUCGGCUCUCCUUGCUGCAGCAGCUCUGGGCGCCCGUCCCUGCUGUCUAGUGCGGCCUUUGCAUGCCUUCACACCGGAGGGCCACCUGGUGCUGUCGCCCCUAACGGAGCACAUGCCUUACUCAAAAGGCAUGAAGCUUCAACUCCAUUGUUUCAGUCGCGAAACGGCACUUAGCGACCUGCGCGCGAGAGCGGAGACCGACAUGGCACUACACGAGGGGCGUCCUCCUGAUGCUGCAGUCUUGGUCUUUUGCGGCGCUCGGGGUGUCAGCUUCUACCAGGAGGAGGGUGUAGAGAGCGCCAUUCUUCGCGAGGUUUGGGGUCGCGAUGUCCCUGCGGUCGGUUUCUUCGCAGGCGGCGAGUUUGGGCCAGUUGGUCUGCGGACGUACCUGCACUCCUACACCACGUCCUGUCUCUUCUUGCGGCUACGCGACUGA